AUGUCUAAAACGACGUUUAAAAGCAUCGUCAUCAGGCCAGGAGCCCUCACGAACGCAUCUUCUCCGGGGUACCGCAACAAAGGAAUACUCCUCGAUGUCACACACGCAGACCCGCAAGCACAGGUACACUUGCGGAACGGCAGCGCGACCAGCGAUGGAAUCGCAGCCCAAGCAUCCGAGGCGCGAAAGCGUCAGCACUACGCUCGUCCGGGACACGUGUCCUUUGACGAACGCAGCUUUAAACUUACCACCUUAGCCGUGGAAAGCUUUGGCCGCCUUGGAGAGGAGGGUUACGAGUUCAUCGAUGAACUUGCGACACAUGCCGUGGGAGGAAGGGACGGAGGAACGAUGGCUCUGAAAGGAGUCUUCAAGGAACGACUUCUUCAGAUCGUUUCGGUGGCUACACAGGUGGCCAUAUCUCGGCGAGUGCAGAGGUACAAGCUCGCAUUGCGCGGGCGUCAAGACGCCGAAAACAGGCGAACAAGAUCGACCUCGGACCAGUCAACGCCAAUGAUAUGGGGAUGGAGUGUAGACGCAUCGUAGAACGCGUUUUCGUUUGAAGUUGGCGUCUUGUUUGAGAGUAGAUGUGACAGAUUUGCGUAGAAUAGGGUAAGAUGUUAUCAUGAACGGAGAUGAAAGGGCUUUUCCAACACGGAGAUGUAGCAUGGAUCAAAGCAUUUGUUGGAUUUCAGCUUUUACAAGAGGACAUCAACGCAGUAGUAUUUUAGCAAGCUUACGAACGCAUAUAGGAUACCAUCAGGAUU